AUGCUAUCCGCCGUUACCGAAGCCGAGGGGUUCACGAACCCCAUCAUCCCAGGAUUCAACCCAGACCCUUCGAUAUGCAGGGUAAAAGACGAUUACUUCCUUGUCACUUCAACAUUUGAGUACUUCCCAGGCAUUCCAAUUUAUCAUAGCCGAGAUUUGGUGAAUUGGAAAGUCAUCGGGCAUGUCCUCACACGGCGCUCACAGUUGGAUAUGCGGACGGUGGAGCCAUCAGGAGGAAUAUGGGCACCAACUCUACGACACUGGCAAGGCCGCUUCUACGUUUCUGUUGGAUGUAACUUGCGUUUGCGCCCUAAAGAUUGGGACAUUACUAUACCUCGGGGUUUCUACGUUACAACAGACAAUAUCUGGGAAAAUGGAUCAUGGACUGAUCCUAUCUAUUUUGACGUUCCCGGAAUAGAUCAGGAUCUUUUCUUUGACGACGACGGAAAGGUGUAUUUCUCAGCUGUCAACCAGAUCAGUGACCCUAGCAUUAACCGGCAUGGCUUGGGGUUGGCGAGUUUUACCGUCGAGGUUGACAUUGAAACAGGAGACUGCAUUGGUCCAGUCCGUUGGAAUCGGAUAUCAGACUUUGGUAUUGGUAUUGCCGAAGGACCUCAUAUAUUCAAAAAGGAUGGGUUCUACUAUCUCAGCACAGCUGAAGGUGGAACUGACGAAGGUCAUCAACAAUGGAUUCAUCGCUCGACGCAGGGCCCUUUUGGUCCCUGGGAAAAGGGACCUGAGGGGACUAUUAAUCCUUUAAUCUUUAACGACAUGCACGGUGAGGUACGUAAUACUGGGCAUAUGGAUAUGGUUGAAAGCCCAGACGGGAGUUGGUGGGCAGUCUUCCUUGGUGUCCGCCCACAAGGGCACGAGAAAGAAAAAUCAACUCUUGGGCGCGAAACCUUUUUGGCACCCAUGGUCUGGGAAGAUGGAUGGCCGAUCAUCAACAACCGAAAAAAGAUCACAAUUGAAAUGAAGGCCAAGGUUCCGGGUCAUCAACAGAUAGAAACCAAGUGGUUCGAUAAUUUCGACAGCCUGGAUCUUGAUCUCGGCUGGUAUCACCUCCGAACUCCGUUGAAAAAGACACACAGCUUUGAUCCUCCCAACCGCGGCCUGAUACUUCAUGGCAACGCGUAUCGUAUUGACGAGUUCGAGCAUCCCUCCAUGCUUUUACGGAAACAGCUGCAUCACUCCAUGGAUUGGCAGGUUGAACUAGAGUUCAGUCCAGAAGUUCCCGGAGAUGAAGCUGGUACUGCUAUAUGGUGGUCUCAAUGGGCUUAUGCUUCGAUUGCGUUGCGCGGGGGGGCUAAAGGCAUCGUUGAGAUUGUUUAUAAGGCAGUUGAUGAGCAAGGCGAAUUCAAGGAAAUUGCAUCACCUCUCAAUAGCCAUUCCUCAGUUGUUUUGGUCAUCCGAGCAAUGCCACUACAUUAUGAGCUCUGUUACGCCGCCAGAGAAUCUGGUGUGGAUGGAGUUCUUGGGCCCAUCGUUACGUUAGGCUCAGUAUCUAGCAAAGCUUUGACUCAUAGGAUACCAGGACGCGAGUCACAGAACACUGGUUCACACUUUGCGAUUUACGCACAAGGCAUUUUAAAAAGACCUCUUUUGACACCGGCAAUCUUUAAAUCAGCUAGAUGGGAAGUUGUGUCUUAG